AUGUGCCAGACCACUAUUGCUGGUACCCGUAUCGUAGGAAGAAUGACUGCUGGUAACAGAAGAGGCCUUCUUGUGCCUAUCCAGACCACAGAUCAAGAGCUCCAACACUUGAGAAAUACCCUUCCCGAUACCGUCAGAAUCCAAAGAGUCGAAGAGAGACUAUCGGCUCUUGGUAACGUCAUCUGCUGCAACGAUUACGUUGCCCUUGUGCAUCCCGAUAUCGAGCGUGAGACCGAAGAGCUCAUUGCCGAUGUCCUUGGCGUCGAAGUUUUCCGUCAAACUGUUGCCGGAAACGUUCUUGUUGGAAGUUACGCUAGCAUCACAAACCAGGGAGGCCUUGUCCACCCACAAACUUCUGUCCAAGACCAAGAAGAGCUCUCAUCCUUGCUACAAAUCCCCCUUGUCGCCGGUACCGUCAACCGCGGUUCGGCUGUCAUCGGAGGUGGCAUGGUUGCCAACGACUGGCUCGCCGUGGUCGGUCUCGACACCACUGCCCCAGAGCUCCACGUCGUCGAGAGCAUAUUCGGUCUCAACAACGAGACCCCCGAGAAGGACAUGCUCAUCGAGCACUACUACUAG